AUGACUCUGGGUCUGAACCUCCCGUUAUGGGGAGUCUACCAAGGUCCGCAACCUCCAAAGAAGUCUCUACAGGAAAUGACGCAGCAGGAACAAGCAGAGGCAGGCGCUCAGCUGUUUAUAAAUUUCAUGCAAUCGUGCCCAGGUAAGACUGCAAUGGCGGGAGUCAGUGGGUUUGCCCUUGGUGGGUUUUUUGGUUUAUUCAUGGCGUCCAUGUCGUAUGACGUGCCGUUGGGCACGGAUGCUGUGAAACAUAUCAGUGACUUGCCAUUUAAACAGCAGAUGAAACUACAGUUCAGCGACAUGGCCAAGAGGUCGUACUCGUCAGCUAAGAAUUUCGGCUAUAUUGGGUUGGUCUAUUCGGGCGUCGAAUGCACGAUAGAGAGCUUUAGGGCAAAGCACGAUAUUUAUAACGGUGUCAGUGCUGGAUGCAUCACUGGAGCUGGGUUGGCUAUCAAGGCGGGACCUCUGGCGGCGUUUAUUGGAUGUGCUGGUUUCGCUGCUUUCAGUUUGGCCAUUGAUAUGUAUUUGAACAGCGAUGCUUCGUAUCCCCCAAAGAACGACUAUGAUUCGUAA